AUGCGCGUCAUCAAGCCAACAUGGCUGAGCCAUAGCGGCGAGCAGAAGGAUUUCGAAGUCUACAGUUGCCAUGUCUCCGCCGACGGCAAGCGACUCGCAACAGCAGGUGGUGAUGGUCACGUACGAGUCUGGUCGACUGAGGCAAUCUACGGAGAUGCCAUUGACGGCGCAGAGAAGAAACCGCGACAGCUCUGCCAUAUGAGCCACCAUCUCGGCACCAUCCACUCCGUCCGUUUCUCACCAAACGGCCGAUAUCUUGCCUCGGGCGCCGACGACAAGCUAAUCUGCGUCUACCAUCUCGACAAAGGCCCGCCUGUAGCUUCGUUUGGCCUUGGUGCCGAGCCUCCCCCGGUCGAGAACUGGAAAACCUAUAAGCGACUCGUCGGCCACGAGAACGAUGUCCAAGACCUCGCGUGGUCAUACGAUUCCUCAAUCCUUGUUUCUGUCGGUCUUGACUCAAAGAUCGUCGUCUGGUCGGGUCAUAGCUUCGAGAAGCUCAAGACAAUCACGGUCCACUCAAGUCACGUCAAGGGCAUCACCUUCGACCCAGCGAACAAGUUCUUUGCGACCGCCUCCGAUGACCGAACCAUCAAGAUCUUUCGAUUCACCCCUCCCGCUCCGAAUGCGACGCAGCAUGACAUGGUCAACAACUUUGUGUUGGAGACGACGAUUAGCGCUCCAUUCAAGAGCUCGCCGUUGACAACCUACUUCCGCAGAUGCUCCUGGUCCCCCGAUGGUAACCAUAUCGCCGCGCCAAACGCUGUCAACGGACCCGUGAGCUCUGUGGCAAUCAUCGAGCGCACGAGGUGGGAUAGCGAGAUCAACCUCAUUGGCCAUGAGGGGCCGACAGAGGUUUGCAUGUUCUCACCACGACUUUUUCACACCGAAAACCCAGCCGAAAAUCCCGACAACAACUCACUCGUCACCGUGAUCGCGUCUGCGGGCCAGGACAAGACACUUAGCAUAUGGAACACCAAUACUAGUAGGCCUGUGGUCAUUUUGCAGGAUCUUGCUGGCAAGUCAAUAUCAGACCUUUCCUGGUCACCAGACGGCUCGACUAUUUUCGCAUCGAGUCUUGACGGCUCGGUUGUUGGAAUAAAAUUCGACCGCGGCGAGCUGGGAUGGGUUGCUAAUGCGGAGGAGAACGACAAAGCACUGCAAAAAUAUGGAGCGUCUAGGAAGGGUAUGGGCAUCGCAGAGGAUAUAGAAGGCCUUAACCUGGAGAACCAGAGCAAGGCUGGCGAAUCGCGGGCGGCUGAAUCGCGAAUGGGCGCUCUCAUGGGCGAUGGCCCGUCUUCAAAAGAUCCAGCACCGACGACCAACGGAACUAAGCCAGCUGGUUCUGCUACGGGCACCUCAACGCCCAAAGCCACCAACGGCAAUGUGGAGUCCGAGAAAGACAAGGAGAAGGAAAAAGAGAAGGAGAAGCCAGCAGAAGAGAACACAGACAAGGACAAGUCAGCGGAGCGAGUCAAAGAGCUCAAGUCUCGGGUGACGGUUGGCAAGGACGGCAAGAAACGUGUAGCACCUCUGCUGGUUUCCGCCUCCGGCACUGGCCAGUCGUCUCUUCCCCAGACCCAGCUCGUCGGGUCCACGUCAACAGCGAAAGCGGCUCAGAAUGAGGCUCCUCAAACUAUUCUGGACCUGGAGAAGCCAUUCGAAGGACUUCCCAAGGGAGGAGUCGCGGCGAUGCUUCUAGGCAACAAGAGAAAGGCACCAGUGGUUGAGGGUGAGGAAGAAGACGACCAUGGCUCGAAGCGCCAGGCUACAGGCCCUACGGCGGUUGUGUUGAACGGUGUAGAUGGGGUCGAGCAAGCUUCCGUCGUACCAGCAGCACACGGUGUCGUUCCCACUCCUGAAUACCUACGACCUGCGGUACUGAAUCCGUCCAUCGCUUUUGCGCAGAUCCGUCUUGCUGUCCCCAAGGUCAGGUCACAGAUUGUACGGCCACUUGCGCGAGGUGUCUUGCUCCCCGAAAGCAGCUCCGACGAAGCAUCAAAGGUGCCCGAGAACACUAUUUUGGAGGCCCGCAACCCCGUUCAGAUUAGAGAUCCCUCUCAAAUCUCGGCCACCAAGCGCGGAACUCUCCUGUGGCAGGAUUACCUCCCUAGAGCCGUGAUCCUUGUAACAGGCAACAAGCACUUCUGGGCCGCCGCCUGCGAAGACGGCAGCAUCUAUACCUGGACACCCGCUGGUCGCCGGUUGACGAACGCCAUUAUCAUGGAGUCGCAACCUGUCAUUCUCGAGUGCCGUAACAACUAUUUGCUAUGCAUCAAUGCAAUUGGGCUGUGCCACGUCUGGGAUGUCGAGAGACAGGCCGCCCUUCAUCCACCCGUGUCUCUCGGCCCCGUACUCGAACUUGCCACCACAACGCUCAACCUCAACAGCACCACACCUGGCCCUGGCGUUACGUCAGCCCAACUUAACUCGGCCGGCCACAUCGUGGUCACCCUAACCAACGGCGACGGCUACUACUACACCCGAGACAUGUUUACGUGGCAGCGGGUCAGUGAAGCUUGGUGGGCCGUUGGCUCCCAGUACUGGAACAGCAACGACUCUGCCAUCAGUGCGCUGCAGUCGACCGCCGUCGGCCCCAUCACGCCGGCGAAGCCCAAGGAUACCGACACCGCCAACGUGUCCGCCGGCAUCAUCCCGUACCUCGAGCGGCACACGACGAAUGAGUUCCUGCUUAAGGGGCGGGCAUACACUCUUCAGCGCAUCGUCAAGCUGUUGUUGUCCAAGGAUGGUUUUGAAGGCUUCGAAUCAACGGUCAGCAUUGCGCAUCUCGAAAACCGUAUCGCCGCAGCGCUGCAUCUGGAAGCCAGAGACGAGUUCCGUCUAUACCUGUUCAUGUACGCCAAGCGCAUCGGUGCCGAGGGCCUGCGUGGCAAGGUUGAGGAACUGCUCAACAGCCUGCUGGGCGGCAUCCUGAAGGAUAAGGACGUCAAGAAGAACGACGGCGGACGUGGAUGGUUCAGCGGGGAGGAUGAAAUUUGUGGUUGGGACCGGAAGGAGUUGCUAAAGGGCGUCGUGAUGAUUCUCGGAAAAUUCAGGGAACUUCAACGACUUACGAUCCAAUACGCCCGCGUCCUCGAGCUAAACCUCGAGAGCGAGGGUGCCAUGGACAUUGAAUAA